UUUUGUCCGAUUGCCCUUUUCAAUGGGUUAGAGAUGGAAGGUUAUUUGGUGACUCUACCCGCCUAAACCGUAUGCCCAUGAACCUAUGCCAGCAGCAGCUAGAUGCAGUAGCAGAAGAUGCCUCCUGCUUUUGGAGAAAUGCAAAAGCAUGACGCACCUCAAGCAAGCUCAUGCUCAGGCAAUCACUUGUGGCCUCGGCAACAAUUCCUUUGCUUUAAGCAGGCUCUUAGCCUUCUGCUCUGACCCACGUCAUGGGAGCCUUAAUCACUCCUGGAAACUCUUUCAACAUGUUCAACAGCCUACCAUUUGCAUAUGCAAUACCAUGAUUAGAGCUUUAUUGCUCAAAGGUGAACUCACCAGUGUUUUUAAUUUAUACUCUGCCAUGCUCCAGAAUGGUAUGUGCCCUGACAAUUAUACCUUGCCUUAUGUGUUAAAAGCUUGUUCAAAGUUGCAAUCUUGUUUUCUUGGUGAAUUAGUGCAUGGGCAUUGUUUACAAUUAGGUUUCGUGAUUAAUACUGUGGUGGGUAAUUCUUUGAUGUUUAUGUACUGUGGGUUUAGUAACAUGAAGGCAGCAAGAUACAUAUUUGAUGAAAUUCCUAGUCCAUGUGCUGUGUCAUGGACAUUAAUGAUCUCUGGGUAUGCUAAAGCGGGUGAUAUUUGCUCUGCAAAGUUGUUCUUUGAUGGAGCUCCAGAGAAGGAUAGAGGAAUAUGGGGUGCCAUGAUUUCUGGUUAUGUACAAAACAAUUGUUUCAAAGAAUGUUUAUAUACGUUUAGGCUGAUGCAGUUGAUUGAUAUGGUGCCAGAUGAGGGUAUCUUUUUAAGCAUACUUUGUGCUUGUGCUCAGUUAGGUGCUUUGGAUACUGGAAUUUGGAUUCACAGAUAUUUGGACAGAAUAGGACUGCCGUUGAGUAUCCGCUUGAGCACGGGUCUCAUUGAUAUGUAUGCAAAGUGUGGGAAUUUGGAUUUAGCUAAGAGACUGUUUGAUGGAAUGCCUCAGAGAGACACAAUUUGUUGGAAUGUCAUGAUUUCUGGUUUGGCAAUGCAUGGAGAUGGAGAGGGUGCACUUAAAUUGUUUUUGGGGAUGGAGGAGGCUGGGUUUAGGCCCGAUGAUGUCACAUUCAUAGCUAUGUUGUCGGCUUGUAGUUAUUCUGGCAUGGCACAAGAAGGUUUAAGAGUAUUAGAUAGAAUGUGUAAUGUGUAUGAUAUUGAGCCCAGGAGUGAACAUUAUGGGUGUAUGGUUGAUCUUCUUAGUAGAGCUGGCCUCCUUCAAGAAGCAAAAGAAAUUAUCCAAAGAAUGCCUAAUUCAAGCAGUUCCUCUGAAGAAGCAGUAGCUUGGAGAGCAUUACUAAGUGCUUGCUGCAAUCAGGGACAACCCCAACUGGCUCAGGUUGCAUCUGAGAAACUUCUGCAGUUAGAACCUCACAGUGGGGCAUAUGUUCUGCUCUCAAAUUUGUAUGCAACUACCGGGAAACAUGAUGAUGCCAAAAGAAUAAAGAAGAUGAUGAGAAACAAAGGGCUAAACAAGGCACCUGGUUGCAGUUCAAUCAAAAUUAAUGGUAUUGUUCAUGAGUUUGUUGCAGGAGAGAAAAUACACAAACAAUUGGAAGAAAUAGAAUCUGUUUUGGAGAAGAUGAAAAAGCAGUUGAACUAUUUGGGGUGUAACCUCUAUCCCUUUCUUGUUGACCAGACAUGACACUUCCACUCUUGAAUGGUUACCGACCAUAUGCUUGUAGUAUUUUAGCACCUGUGAUUCUUUGGAAUACAUGCUUGUUUCAUAAUGUUCUCUUACAAGGUACAAGUCAUUUGUACGGUAAAGCUUUCUAGCCCAAUUUUAGUAUUCUUGCACAUACUGCAGGAUAACUCCCAAGGUUGGUGUUGGUGAACAAUUUAUGGAGCACAAUUGCUGUAACAGUGAACGUUUUAUAUGGAUUUCAUGCACCAUUUGCAUCA